GAUUCCCUGUGAUCUCAUCACUAAAAAAAAAAAACCUGUCUUUGGCCUGUGACUUGCUUCAAUUCUCAUAGUUUUUCAGAAUCUUUCCCUUUAUAUAUCCUCUUCAUUUCCCCUCUUUCUUUACACAUUUCCCUCUCUCUAAAAAAACUAAUUACUUCUUAAUUUCUUCAACUUCUACUCUCAAUAUCAUGAAGCCUUUCACUUGCUUUUCUAUUCUCUUCAUUGCUUUCUUAUUAUUCUCAACACCCAUCUCCUCUAGACGCAUUUCUCAACAAAACUCACGUCAUGGCCAUCACCGCAAGGGGGCGGCAUCAUCCUCUGGUAAAGCAGCAAUGGUGGUGGUGAAAGAGAAGGCAGCGAUGAUGACGAGGAUGGGGAGAAAAGGGACUGAGACUGUUGAAGUAGCAGGGUCGAGCUUGCCGGAUUGUUCACAUGCGUGUGGCUCAUGCUCGCCUUGCAGAUUAGUGAUGAUAAGCUUUGUGUGUGCUUCACUUCAAGAGGCUGAAACAUGUCCAAUGGCUUAUAGAUGCAUGUGCAAUAACAAGUCCUAUCCUGUUCCUUAGUAAUCCAAACCCCCCUUUUUUCUUAAUUUCGUUGGAGCAACUUUACAGGGUUGGAUGUAUAAGGAAAAAAAAGGCUAAAGUUAUAGUUUUAUUUGAUUGUAUAUCCAAUGAUUUAGAGACUACUAACUGCAGUGUGACCGUCACACAUUGUAUGUACAAAUAUAUCGACCAACUGUAGUUUUUCUUAGUAAUUUGCGAGUUGUAAUCAAAGAGCAUUUUAGUAACGUUUUGACAACUUACAUAUAUUUGUUAUAUGUU